UUUCAAACUUUUUGGAGUGGAUAUGUUAAGUGAAUAGAAUUGGGAAAACUCCAAUCCACUUUUUGGAGUGGGACUGCAAAUCAGGUAACUGACAAAUUGUGUUUGUCAGUGAUUGAUUGGGGAAGCAGUGGCUCUGAAUCACUACCCUACCGGCCCUUGUAUCAUCAUCAUCGUCAUCAUUCUUCCAUUCUAUAUAUAGACACUGCUGUUUCCCUCUUGUGUUUAUAUAUGCUGAAUCAAGCAAAAGUUUACUUGGAUUCCCACAGAAAACAGUAAAUGGAGAUGAUGGAGAUUAACGGCCGCACUUCCUCGCUCAAGGAUCCCAAGACCAGUUUCCAGAUCCCAGAGCUCUCCAACCGAACCGGGACGAUAUGGACGGCGGUUGCGCAUAUCAUAACGGGAGUGAUCGGGGCGGGGGUGUUGUCUCUGGCAUGGAGUACGGCGCAGUUGGGUUGGGUUGCCGGUCCUUUGACUAUAGUCCUCUUCGCAGCCAUCACUCAGAUCUCCAUUUUCCUCGUCUGUGACUGCUACAGGUCACCGGAUCCGGCUUCUGGUCCCAUCCUUAACCGCUCCUUCAUCGAAGCCGUAAAGUUUUUCUUGGGGAAGAAGAAGCAAAGAAUCUGCGCAAUAAUUGUACUGGAGAGCUUCUACGGAUGUGGAGUGGCGUAUACAAUCGUCACGGCGUCCAGUGUGAAAGCGAUUCUACGGUCAGACUGUUACCACGAUGAGGGUCGGGAUGCUGAGUGCAAAUACGGGGACAACAAAUUCAUGUUGGUGUUUGGGUUGAUUCAGGUUAUAGUGUCUCAGAUACCAGAUUUUCACAACAUGGCGUGGCUGUCUGUUAUUGCGGCAAUUAUGUCCUUCUCCUAUGCUUUCAUUGGAUUCGGACUCGGCUUUGCAACUGUAGUUGAAAAUAGAAAGAUCAAGGGAAGCAUCGGAGGCAUCCAAACCCACACUUCUGCUCAAAAAGUCUGGCUAGUUUUUCAGGCACUUGGAGACAUUGCUUUUUCUUAUCCAUACACACAAAUUGUCUUGGAAAUUCAGGAUACUCUCAAGUCACCUCCACCAGAAAACCAGACCAUGAAGAAGGCAACCAUGGCUUCAAUACUCAUCACCACGUUCUUCUACCUCUGCUGUGGAUGCUUUGGAUACGCAGCAUUUGGAGACCAAACGCCUGGGAACCUCUUGACGGGAUUCGGAUUCUAUGAGCCAUAUUGGCUUGUAGACUUUGCUAACGCUUGCAUCAUUCUACAUCUAAUAGGAGGAUACCAGGUGUAUAGUCAGCCGGUAUUUGCAUAUGCAGAAAGAUGGCUUGCUGAGAAGUUCCCCCAGAGUAGAUUCAUCAACAAGUUCUACACUUGUAAACUCCCACUGCUACCGGCCUUUCAGAUGAACAUGUUGAGGCUAUGUUUCCGGACUGCAUACGUUAUUUCAACCACCGGAGUAGCAAUGGUCUUCCCUUAUUUCAACCAGGUUCUGGGAGUUCUGGGAGCACUCAACUUUUGGCCACUUGCUGUGUACUUUCCUGUUGAAAUGUAUUUUGUGCAGUCUAAAACUGGAGCGUGGACGAGAAAGUGGAUUUAUCUUCAAGUGUUCAGCAUGUUUGCUUUGGUUCUGUCAUUGGUGGGCUUGAUUGGAUCUAUUGAAGGAUUAAUGAGGGCGAAAUUUAGCUGAAAAAAGCUGAAAUUGACUGUGAAACUAUUGCUUAUUCCAAGUGUAAUACAAUCUAAAGCUUGUUUCUAAGUUGACAUUAAGGCUUAACUUAAAUCUCUACCUUGCACGUCUCUAA